AGUAACCAGGAAGAUUAACAGCGAUGAGCAACACUCCCUGCAUAUAUUAGCUAGUUAGCUUUUAGCAGUCUCCCUGAAAUAAAGGGAAGUUUAAUGUUUUUUCCCCCUCUGUGUUUUUCCCCCACUUCAAAAAGCUGCCUGUAAUAUCGUUCGCUCUGCGUAGCUCACAUCGAUGAUGUUUUUUAUUUUUUAUUUAUUUAGUUGCGUGUCAAUUUCUUGUAGCUAAUAUUUGUUCGACUUUCUGGAUUUACCAUUUGUAAUGACACGCACUGUUUUCUCCUAAAGGAGGGAGCUACAAUGGAACCUGAUCCAAGAAGGAUUUGAGCUCUCUCUCACUGUGGAGAUGCCAGCGGUUGCCCGGGAUAAGGAGGAUUUGGAAUCCUCUGCUGAAGACGAACAUGAGGGCCAUCCUUGUAUUGCCUGGAGUGGCCUGAGCAGGACAAUCCCAAUCUUCUUGUUUUUCCCUGAAGCCAUUGUUUCGAAGGAUGGAACUGUCUGUGCUGGUGGAGAGCGAUACAACAUGACCUUCAAGAUUGUGCGCACAGAGAGUCGCCUUGUGCGGGGGAUACUGACCAAUCAUGGUUUCCAUGAGGUUCACUCAAAUAGCAACGAUUUUAACCUCAUGUGGACAGGAUCACACCUGAAGCCUUACCUACUCCGAAGCCUUCAAGAUUUCCAGAAGGUCAACCACUUUCCCAGAUCUUAUGAACUGACCCGCAAAGAUCGGCUUUAUAAAAACAUCCAACGAAUGCAGGAGGCCCAUGGCUUCAAAAACUUCCACAUAGUUCCACAGACCUUUGUGCUUCCGUCGGAAUACCAGGAAUUCUGCAGCUGUUUUGCCAAGGACAAGGGCCCUUGGAUAAUUAAACCAGUAGCAUCUUCACGAGGACGAGGCAUCUACUUAGUCAGCAAUCCAAAUCAGAUAUCAGUUGAUGAGAACAUUUUGGUGUCCCGCUAUAUUCAUAACCCUCUACUGAUAGAUGAGUUCAAGUUUGAUGUGCGCUUGUAUGUGUUGGUCACAUCAUAUGAUCCACUCCUCAUCUAUGUAUAUGAGGAGGGCCUCGCUAGAUUUGCCACCGUCAAGUAUGACAGGACUGCAAAGAAUAUUAAGAACAACUUCAUGCAUCUCACCAACUACAGUGUGAACAAAAAGAGCAGCGAUUAUGUCAGUUGCGAUGACCCUGAGGUUGAGGACUAUGGGAACAAGUGGAGUAUGAGUGCAGUGUUGCGCUACUUGAGGCAGGAGGGGAAGGACACCACACUGUUGAUGAGACAGGUAGAGGAUGUGAUCAUCAAAGCUGUGCUCAGUGCACAGAUGCAGAUCGCUGGCGCCUGCAAGAUGUUCAUUCCUUACCAGACCAACUGCUUUGAACUUUAUGGAUUUGAUGUGCUAAUUGACUCCAACCUAAAACCCUGGUUGUUGGAGGUGAACCUUUCUCCAUCUUUGGCCUGUGACGCCCCCUUGGAUUUGAAGAUAAAGGCCAGCAUGAUUGCAGAUAUGCUCUCACUUGUGGGCUUGGUGUGUCAGGACCCUCUGAUGAGUAAGCCACGCUCUGACCCCAGCCUCAAGCAGCCAGCCCAAAGAACACAGUGGCAGAGGCCCCCAGCAGCCACUAACAGUGAACUAGUGGAGUUGAAAGACAAGCCAGGAGGAGACCGCAUUCUGGGCUUGACUGUUGAGCAGAUCAAAGUCUUGAGGAGGACAAGGGAGGAGUAUGAAAGGAGAGGAGGCUUCAUCCGAAUAUUCCCCACUGAAGACACAUGGGAGCUCUAUGGUGGAUAUCUGGAGUCCAAGACAUCAUUGAACUCAAUGUUGGCAAACAGACUUUUCCAUGGAAGGAAUCCGAGCGGGAAUGCGCAGCUGCAGAUGGACACAAUUGAUGGCUACCACGCCGUCCAGUACGAGAGGAAGCUGCCGUCUCUGGAGGCCCGUAAGAGGAGACGGCACCACCUGAGUCAUCGCUCUGCUGCUGGAAAGAAGAAAUGGGGGAAGGAAUCCAAGGCCUCCCUGAUGGAGAGCAGUGGCCUGGAGGGAGAGGACUGCAUACAGGAGGAAAGAGCGGAGAUGAAACAUGUUCUCAAGCCAGUCUCACACAAGGAUUUGGUAGCAGAGCAAAGAAAACAAGUGGCUUCACCAGUGCAGAGCUCUCACAGCGAGGCUGUGUCCAGCUCGCAGGCAGCAACGCGCAACAGCAGGCCCCAUGUCAACCUGCUUCACUUCCUCCAGCAGGGGGGGGACAUCAGGUCAGGUAAAGUGCAAGCCCGGAUGACCUUUUCCUCUUACCUACAGCGGGUUCAACAAAGACUUUUGGAAGAGAGCAGGGUCAAAGGCAUUCCAGCUUGGGUAGACAAGGACAAUGAUCAAAUGGAGCUUGUAGUUCGCUUCCUGAGAAGGGCUGCCAGUAACCUCCAGCAAGACGUUAAGAUGGUUAUGCCCAGUCACCAGCUACCAGUCCAAGACCGCAGACGCAUCCUGUCCCACCAACUAGGAGAGUUUAUUCAAUGUUACGAAAAGGAAACUGACCAUAUAGUGAAAAAACAGCAGAACAGUACAGAGGAGAAGUGUGUUGCCGCCAGUGUGUUUCAUGACUACAUCACGGCUGCGAGUGAAAGUGAUCUGGAGGAAGUACUGACGUUCUACACACAGAAAAAUAAAUCAGCCACCGUCUUCCUCGGAAAAAAAAUCAGGCGUGUUAAAAAAGCCUUUCAUGAAAUACGUGCCUCCGAAGAGCCAGGCAACUGUAAGACUUCCAAAAUUCUGCCUGUGGCCAAAGCGGAUUCCAGCUCGUUAGAAUCAACGCCCUCCACAGGAAAAGUCAGCAGUGACACAGACACCAAAGUCACUGAAAGUCAACCCCUGGUUUGUUUGUCUGAAGGCCAGCUGACCGGAUUUGGACAUGCAAAAAUCCAUCCGCAAAGCCAGGCUUCCCAAACCUGCUCGAGCUUUCCCGUGACUUCAGACUUCCCCCGUAUUCAUCAACAGAGCUGCUCUCUCAACCCUUCAUCCCUGCGUCGUCAUCGUUCUCCACCUCUGCCGCUUCGCCCGCAUCCUCCAUCCUAUGCACAGUCCUUGGCAAAGUCUCAAAUCUGCCAGACUGAGACACUCAACGACUCUCCUGUUUACACCCCUACCCCUGUGUCUAUGGGGCAACCAACCCAGGUUCUCUGGAGGGUCCCAUCUUGCACAGUGCUCACAUCAAGCUCUGGAGCAUCUUCUUCCAUCACCAGUGCCCUACACAUCUAUAGCAAGAAGCUCUCUAGACCAACAUCUGCAAGCCAAGUGUCCAAAAUGCAGAGUUCCAGUAAGGUGAAGUCAAACUCCAAGGGGGACUUCAGAGAGUUGAACUCUCUUACUGUCCAGGCGCAGUCCAACCAGCAGGCCUUCAUCUCAGCUCUCCAGAAGCUGGCAGACAAACAGGUUGCUCGCACCACUGCUGCCUCCAGUCAUGUCAACCUUCUGACGCAACAUUUGACCAGGCUAAACCUGGCUAGCCGGAUGUUGAGUGGAGACAAGCAAAAAAUGCACCCAUUUGCCCAUAGCCAAGGAAUCAAUGGGCCGGACCACUCUGCAACUGAUCCUCUUAGAAACAGGAUGCACCCUCCCCCAACCACCCACCCGAAAUUGGGGCACAUACACAGUCACGGGUGGAUGACAAAUGGAGAGGCUACAAGUGACAGACAGAAUCGCAGCGACUUCAGCUCCGUGAUGGGGGCUAAUCCUGAGCGCAUCUGCCAUCCUGUGCGAGGAAACCAUCAGCAUCAGUUCGCUACCCAGCAAAUGCAACAGCAAAGAAUUCCCCCACGGCGAUUCUUAGACCAGAACCAUUGUGGACACCAGGAUCAACAUUCAGAUGAAACAAACACUCCCCAUGCUGAGGUUCCCACAAAAUCUUCCAGCUUUCCUGGACCACCCCAUCACAAUCACAUCCGGACCCGUGAUAGUCCCGUUCUCUCCCCAAACCCACCCAGCGAGGCCCGAGAGGGCCCGAUCAGGAAACCAGCAACAACGCGCUUCGUCAAGCAGCCGUCCACUCAGAGGUCAGCCUAUGGAAGCGUGACCAGCGGGCAGCAUUUGGUCUACGAAGCCUUCUGUGCUAAGACAGGUCUUUCUGCGUACCGCAAACUGCUGCAGGCCCGGGAGGCCAGAUGACACCAGCGUGACCAGAGGCGCGUCCUGCCACUGUGCUGGCCUGACAGGUGUCUCUGCAUGUAACUUACGCAUACACCCAGGUACCCUGGUGUAUUCUGGGAAAGAACAACAGCCGAAAGUGUGCCAGGCUCUUAUGAAUUUGUCCGUCAUACUGCCACAGACAUGGCAGGAGAUCGCGUGCCAGGCACGGAAUUCCCAGCUUUGACGCAGGUUGGGAUUUGGUCGCACAGCCCAAUAUCAGAUGGCCUUUUCCAGCCUUCGCACGGUCUCCGCGCCAACAGUUUCCCUCCCUCAUUCUCUCCGCGCUACCGAUGCCACGGAAAGAUUUCACAGGCAGAUAGCUUUCAACAGAUGCCCCGCUGGUAUUUAGUAUGCAAGCUAUUCACAUGAACCCACCCCUGCCACCACCACCGCCACCAACCAGAGACAUCCCGUGAAUGGUAAGCACGCAAACAAGUUCCUGGCAUUAGAGACUGACUUCUAGUCCAGGAUGAAAACAAACAGUUACUAAAUCCUCACUGGUCGAAGGUUUGUUUAAUUAUAGCAACCUUUGAUUAAACUGACAUGUUUAUGUUUUUAUGGAUAGACCUACUUUAAUAACAUGAGUAAAUUGUUGUUAUUACACUGUACGUAAGUAGGCCUUUUUGGGCUGUUUCUGUAGCACAAAAGAAGAACCUUGAUUAAGUUAAUGGUGUCCAUGCAGACCAGCAUUCUCAUAGAUAUAUAAAGAGGUCACUCAGGGCGUCCUAUUAAUAAAACCAUUCUGCUGUAUAUCUUUACAUUGAGCAUAAUGUAUGUUUGUGAUCACUUUAACUGAAAUACUUGAAUUUCAAGCAUGUCAUUCUCAUAUGUUGUUGAUUAAGGUGUUUAGUUUGCGCAGAUUGUCGUAUUAAAUUUCGGGAUUUUCAUUGGUUGUCAUGUCAAACGUGUUUUUUUUGUUUUUUGUUUUUUUUACUCAGCAACAUGCUUUAGUACAAGAAUCCAAUGUUCUAAUGCAGUGUAGUUUACACGACAAUGCGUUCAAUUCCUGACUGUUUACAACACUCAUGCAUGGAAAUGGUAGCUGUUUUUUGGAAUCCAUGAUGCUGUUCAUAGCAACGUGAGACAGACAUGCCGAUCAUAUCCAAACCUACACUCAACAUUCAGUCAAUAAAAUGGAAUCU